CCUGUCAGCCUGCUUUCCGCGCCACAAGACGGACCCCCGCCAAGGGGAGAGACAGGAAUUAUUCAACGACCGCGCGACGCGCCAGCAACUUCUGUCGUGUUCCUCUGUCGAGUGAAUUUGUCAUGUCGCGGUGAAACAGUCAAAAUAUAUCACCGAUAGACACGAAUUUUUCGUGUACCUUCCGGACGCUAUGCUCGGCAGAAUCGCAACGGGCUGCAGUGGUUGAUGGUGGUAGCUUGGAUCAAAUUAUGGGACCAUCCUCGGAGACGAUGAGUGAAAACUGUAAACGUCACGCGGAUUCGAUACUCCGAUGAAAGGACACAAUGGAACUGAGAGUAUGUCUUUAUUUUGGGCACAAUGAUGUUUGAGAUGCAUCCACCAUCAUGAUGCCGUGGAUCGUUAAACAAAGGUUCGACACCUGAUUAACAACGAUCGCCGAGAUCCGCUUCCACUUCUCGGAGCUAACCAUCUUCGAGGACGAAUAAAUCACGCGUUGAAAGAGGAAUGGUCCCUUGGGCCUUCGGCGUGCCUCUCGUCUUCGUUUCUGCUCUGGGUCUUAUUCUCAAUGGUUUUGUGCUACUCGUGGUUCUUGGACUGGGCAAACAGACGCAGCAGCAACAAACCGCCAAUACUUUGUUGCUGAUACACUUGGGUGCAGUGGAGGCGGCUGUGUGCCUGAUAUUACUGAUCUUUACUACUGGUUCCUGGCCAAUCGCCGGCACCUGGUGUGUUUUACACGGUUUUCUUUUGACUCUUUUACAUCCAGUCGCCCUUUGGACUGUCACUGGAUUGAACUGUGACAGAUAUUACGCGAUCGCUGCACCGCUACAUUACGCCGCAUUAGUGUCACCACGACGCGUUGCGGUUGGGCUAGCUGCAUCUUGGACAGGGGCUCUGUUCUUAUGCGUGCUGCCCUUCUGGGGUCUGGUACCGCCUUACAGAUACAGUCCAGGAUUGGGCUGCUGCGCGCCAGAUUUUAGCAACGAUUCGUGGGGUUUAGCGGCGGCGCUUUACGGGGCUGUUUACGCGAUUCUGGGGCUGGCGCUGCCCGCCAUCCUCGUCACCAUCUGCAAUUUGCGUGUGCUUGGCAUAGCGCGUUAUCACCGGCAUCGAAUCGCUAGCGCAAUUUACGAAGUUACCCUGAGCGCCCAAGCGACCAUCACCCACCAGCGAAAUCCGUUUUUCGUACCAACUGUCACGGCACCUUCGGUCGUCAGCCCACCUCGCUUUCAUAGCGCGGCCAAAACGGUAAUGCAACUGGUUGGUUCUCUAUAUUUGCUUUAUUUCCCAUACUGCGGUCUGAUUCUUUGGGAAGUUUGCGACGUCGGUAAUCAGCCGCAUUUCUACGAUCAUCCCAAACUUGCUUCGUUGGCCUCGCUUCUACUCGCUUGUUCUCCACCCAUCAACGGCCUUCUCUACGGCUUGAAAUCGCAGACCCUUAGACGAUCGGUGCAGAAUUAUUGGCGGAAGAAGGCGACCAAGUCGGAACUUCAACAAGAGAUUCAAGCGAGGACACCGAGCGUAGCAGGAUCACGAAGACCGUCCGGUAGCGGAACUGGCUCUUUCUUUCCAUUCCCGCCGUUGCAACGAAGACUCAGCGAAGCCUUGCUGGCGUUGGGAUCCUGCAGAACUGGAAACAGUUUCGACAGCAAUAAUCUCGGCUUUCAUCGAAGCAGAUUGCAGCCUGCCGCCUCGUGCAAUACACUUCGCGUACCCACUUCCGAAUCAGGUGAAAGCAGUAAAUUAGUUAGGUCAAGUGCGAGCGCAGCCAGCUUGAUGGGUCCUCAUUACAGAAGCGAUUUUAUUGGAGUUGAUGUGAGCGCUGGUUGUUCCAUAGCAAUGAAUGAAACACCAAGAAGAAGUCCAAGGAUUCUUAUAACGAGAGCUUAUAGCGAGGAUAGCCAAGAUGGAGGAAGUCCAUUGUUGAGGAAACCUAUUCUGGCCAACGCUCUUCCGUGCGAUAAACGGAGAUGGCGACAUUGCAGCACCGGAAGCGAUAGCAGCACGGGAAGCAGCGAGACGAGCGUGUGGACGACGGGUGUUGCGCAAAAACUCGUCAAGGCCAAUGUAAAAAGCGCAUCGGACAUGUGGCCUGCGUCGAGAAGAUUUGUACGAGGAAAAAAUUUAGAGGAAGGACCACUUUUGGUUGGCGCCAGACCGAGCAAUAACAGCGAGAGCAGCGAUACGACGGACACUACAGCUACCACAACCACCACCACGAUGCCCAGUAAGCAGGUCGCGAUGGAAAACGGUGGCUAUCGGGAGAAAGAGAAAGAAAAAAUAAAUGGCAACAAGAAAGAGGGACAGCAGAGUGAGAGCGACAACAGUUGGAGCAGCGUCGAUGAGAUCGAAUCGAAGGAAAUGGCGGACAAGAGCAUAGAAGAGGAUAAUUUCGAGAAGAUCGAGGAGGAAGCAGACGCAGAAAAGUGCAAGCAAUUGAGGCGGAAAUCGAAAACGAUUCGCAAACCGGAUGUUCCUCAGAAUUGCAAAGAGACCGCGCAACGAAGGCCCCUUCUCACCUCGUCAUCCUAAGUUCGAUUAAUCGAUCAACGUACCUUUUUCAUCGUUCCUAAUUUAUUAUCAUUUUCUUCUCGUAAUUUAUUGUUCGACACUGCAAUUUUUUAACGCGAUGGAGAUCAUUUUGAGGCAACUUGGUAAAACAAGGUCGCUGAAUGAAAUUUGUUAUCGACCCAUUAACAACCGCAAGCAAUCGUUAUUUUUUAAAGAAUCGAGUUCUUUGAGACUCCUGAUCGAUUAUCCGCGUUCAAUUCAGGAAGAACAGCGGCGAUGAAGCUGAUUGUGUCCCCGUAUGCUCGAUAUCACCUGCAAUGUGUCGACAUAUCCUCAAAUUAUAUUUUUCUACUUUCACUGACAAGUCACAGCAGCGUUAACGAGGAAACCGUGGAUUUCUUGCAGCCAUUGCGGUCGCGCUGGAAUAAGAAAACCCGAUCGAAUAUCUACAUUAUACGCCAACCACAAUGAAAAACUUGUUCUCUCGUAGAAAGUUCGAGGGAAGGAAAGUUGAUCAUCCUCGUACGGGCAUCGACUCUCACAGAAAAAAGCUUGCGCGCGCGAAAGAGCUCGUUGUAUAAUAAUAAUUUUCUUCGUCACCUCGCGGGUAAUAUCUCGCGACGAAAGUUUCGCGGUGGAUUUUUCAGCAAUCACCCUCGCUAUCGGAGAUUUCGCGAAAAAGUACUGGUAAGAAACGAUCACGAUAUCUGAGAGAGUUCUCUUCAUAGUAAAACACUCGAUGAAAUCCAUGAAAUAUCGUAAGAAAUCAGUCGACUUGGGACACGUGAAUCGUUUGGUCGUUUCGACGAAUUGUACGAAUUACUAUCGUGGUAAUUUCGCGAUAUAACGGGCAAUAAUUUCCCUCACCGCUUUCGCUGAUGUUCCUAAUUAAUGGAUUCGUGAAAGACAGAAAUUUGAAGGAGCAAAUAUUAAAUAUCGACGAAAGUUGCUUUACCGUCUGUCGUGGAUGAUAAGAUGAAUAAAUGUACGAAAUUAACGUUUAUCUAUGCAGUCUAACGUGUACAACGGUUUCGUCUUACCUCUUCAGAGAUAAUGACGAGUAAAAUGUUAAUGAGCAUAAGGAACUUUUGUUAACUUUUAAAAAAUACAGUUGAAAGAAUUUUUGGCGAAAAUUUGAACAUUAUAAAUUCCAUAAAUGACAAAAACACGAUAAUCUGUUGCGAAGUCAAUUUUUCAAUUUUGUAUCUACUUUUAUAAUUUUAUAAUCAUAUUAAUACUAAGUGCAUUUCAACCGUUCUAAGGCAAUGUUCAAACGUCUAUGUUUUGUAAAUUACUAUAUAUUUUAGAAGCUAUGUGUAUAUUUUAAUAGUCGUCUCAUUAAGAAAUUUUAAAAAUGUGGAACGAAACUUCAACGCGAAGAAGAAAAUAUGUCAAAAUUCAAACGAAAUCGUGCACGAAUGGAAACGAGAAAGCUAACGAGAAGAACACAUUAAAGAAAUUUAAUCA